AUGUGCUAAACUUAAAUUUUGAAAAUAAAACAUUUUUAAUUCUUAAAUAAUUAAUAAACAUAUUAUCUUUUUAUACGUACUUUUUAUACCAUAAUUAAUAACAUUGAAACAAUAAAAUAAUAAAAAGGAUUAAAUUAUUUAACUGAGAACUUUAUUGCAAUAUUAAUUAAACUAAUAUUUAAAUAAAGUAUUUUUUUAUAUCAAUUUCUAUAUUAACUAAUGUUUAAUAAAUGUCUUAUAAUUUGCAGGUAUUAUAUUGGUGAUUUAUAAUUUAUUUGAAGAAUCUCUAGAAUAAACCAAAAAUAUUAAGUAAAUAUAUAUAUAUAUAGAUAUAUAGAAAACUUCUCAGAUAUUCAGUUUUUGGAUAUCUGUUAAAUCGUAUAUUUAUCACAGGAUUAUUAGAAAAUACAUUAGAAGAACAAACGAUUUUUGAGUUCAAAGAGAGUUUUAUCAAAAUAGAAGAACUUAAAGAAGUCUCAUUUGGUACACUUGAUAUCUGUCCUAUAUGUUACGAAGAAUUUAGAAUAAAAGAAUUAGUUGCCGAAUAUCAAUGUAAAGGAAAGCAUACAUUUCAUUAAGUUUGUGUUUUAAAAUGGCUAAAAAUGCCAAUGA